ACACAAGCUGCAUCAGCUGGCGACGCAGCUGAGCUCGCUGGCGGGCACGGUGCUGCGGCCGCAGUCGCUGCACGCCACCGCCGACCUGGCGCUGCUGCUGGCUAACACUGCCAGAGCGCUCAAGGAUACCAAGCGUCCGAUGCAGUCUCAGAAGAUUGAAGAAGCUGUCCAUGAAAUGUGCACCUCUACCUACAGCUUGCUUAAGACUGCCGAAAUCGUCUCUCAGAAUCCUGAACAUCACGACAUGAGAAGAAAGCUGACAGAUGCGUCCCGCCAGCUCAACGAGUCCAUCAACCAGUUGGUGUCGAGCGUGGAGACAGGUCCCUCAUCUCGUGCAGCACUAGGCGAGGUGCAGCGCAGCAUGCACUUACAGCGCAGCGUGCUGCAGUCUGCACCGCACCCGACAGCUGCGAUGCCGUAUGCGCACUGCCUUGACAGUUUGCGUGACCAGAGAGAUGUGUUGCACAAACUAAAGAGUGACCAGUCUAUGUCUCGCGAAGAGUUCUUCAAGAGUAUGAACUACGUGGCAUCAGCUAUCAGCAACAGUACCGAGUGUGCUGCGCAAGCGGCUUAUCUAUUAUCAGUGUCAGAAAAAGAUGAUUCGAUCGGUAAACUAGGUCCAGUAGACGUGGGUAAGUUGCAGAAGUCCGUGGAGGCUGUCGAGAACACCUGCGUCUCCGUCAUCGUGGCCAGGCAUAGUGAGCAUGGACAGCUAGAAGAAGAGACAUCUAUCCUAAAAGGUCAGGUGCAGGAUCUACUCGAUGGCUUAGACGAUGCCAUCAACAAGACUAAGGAUGGUGAACUGAAGGAAAAGCUUACAGAAUGCAAAAAAGACAUCACUCAGUGUUCUAAGGAUUAUUACUCUACAGUCCAGAAGAAACCUAAUGAUAAGGACGAGAUAUUAGUAAAGAUUUUGAAACUGAUGUACGAAGUGGAAGACGCUGGCCAUGUCCUACAGGAUCCGAAAUUAGUGGUGAUUGCAAGCGAGGUCUCUGCUGAGACCCAGAAGCAAAUUGAUGAGGUCAUCAAGAAUUCGCUAGCCCUGGUGUCCCACCAAGAGGAGUUACUGAAAGAGGUGAAAGCAACUCCUGAGGAUCAGAAGAUGAUGACGUGGGUCAUGUACAACAAGAGGCGGGACGUGCUUGACGCUUUCGAAAAUCUGAUUAAGAGUAUACAGUCGGCCGGUCAACGUGUCAAACUUCUAGAAGGUUCCACUGAAGAUUCUGAGGGAGAAAAGAAGAGCUACGUUCAGAAACAAUUUGAUGCUGCAUCCAAAUGGCUCCUGAAACCGGUUUCGAAAGCUGAAAUCAAAACGAAUGGUCAGGAAGCAGUACGCAAUCUCAUGGAAGUGGCGAAUAAGAUAACUGAAGACCUGAAGGGUUCAGAAAAGGAGGACAUGCGCAACUUAGUGCAGGAGACGGAACAACUGCUCACUGCGUGCACUCAGAAGUAUGAUCAUGAACAGUACAGCUUACUAAUGGAGCGAGUACGAGAGCUGAAGAAGGCGAUCGAGCGCGGCGUGGUGACGCGAGUGGUGGAGGACUUCAUGGAGGCUGAAGCCCCCCUCGCUGACCUGGACCUGCUCGCUGACUAUGAGAAGGAUGAAAGCAAGCGCAAGUUGAUCCUGGAGCGCAAGAUAGCGGAGCUGCUGGCGCAACUCGGCCGCGUCACCCGCACGGCGCGGCUCAUCGCGCACACCGACCGCGACGCUGCUAGCACACAGCUCAACUCCUGUAGCGAACAGGCGGAGCUGUUGGCUCCAAUGCUGGUGAAGGCUGCACAGGAAAGAGUCGCCUCCCCUAAUGACCAGGUGAUAAUAGAAAGGUACAAGUCCUUGCUAGCCAAGUACACGGACUCGCUGUCUCAGAUCCGAGACCUGUGCGACCAGUCCGUUGAUCCCAUGGAGUUUGUGCAGACUGCAGGCGAGACGAUGGAGCGCAUGCGCGAGGAGUCGACCAAACACAACGAUCCCAUGAAGUGUGCACACACAUCCAACGCCAUCACCAAACUAGCCAACCGCGUGAUCCACGUGGGCCUGUCCUCGAACGAGGCAGCCGGCGACCCCGAGCUGAGGAAGCUGCUGUCGGAGGCGCAGCUGCAGCUCAGCGCCGCCACGCCGCAGCCGGGCACCAGGGCCAGCAAGAUGCCCGACUGGAAGGAUACCACUGCCAAGAUCUUGCAAGCGACCGAGACGGUGGAAGCAGUGCUGGGCGGUGAGACCAUCUUCAACACGCAGCCGGGACCAGAUCAACCCAUUUAUAAUGAAGCACUGAAUCUUCACGUGGCUAUCCGCGACUGGUCGUCUCGCGACAACGAGAUAGUGGCUGUCGCCAAGCGCAUGGCGGUGCUCAUGGCCAAGCUCUCCAACUAUAUGAGCAAUGACAAGCAGCGUGAAGUCCUAACGACGUCGAAGUCGAUCGUGUCGGAGUCGCACGAGGUGGCGCGGCUCGCCAAGAAGCUCGCGCAUGAGUGUACCGACCACAGGAUCAAGACUAACUUGCUACAAACCUGUGAGCGGAUUCCGACGAUCAGCGGUCAGCUGAAGAUGUUGACCACCGUCAAAGGAUUCUCCCUUGGACGACAUGGUACUCAAGAAGAUAAGGAAGCUUUGGACAUGUUAGUAGGCAACGCUCAGAGUUUGAUGUUGAGUAUUCAAGACGUAGUGAAAGGCGCAGCAAGUGCAUCCGUCAAGAUCAUGUCUCAACGAGGACCCAGGAUGAAGUGGGUGCGCAAGACUGUCUACUAACAUUCCUUACUGUAUGUACAGACAGCAGGUCAACCUACCCGAAACUGUCAAAUUCUACCAAUCGAACAUCAACCUUCCACUAUUGGGAUAAGGUUCAAAAUCUAUUGAAGAAAGGAGAUGUUUCAAAAUGUAAGGAAAAUAUUUAAAACAGUUUUCAAUGGUCCAAUUGAUUUAAUUUGGUUUUGGUUUGGUAAUAAAAACAAUAAUAAAACUGGAUUUUUCGAGGUACCGGAUUUGAAACAUCUACAAAUCUAAUAAUAUUAAACCUUCCACUGUUGUAGCAAGGUUGAAAUUCUAUUGAAGAAAUUUGAGGGAAUUGUAGGUUGAUGUCGUCUAUAUAACAUAGUAAGACAUUCCAAAAAAGUGAACAUUAGUGUAAGGAAAAAUGUGACUUUCUCACAAUAUUUAAGAGAUUUUUCUAUUUGAUUAUAAUUAUCAUACAUCUUUAACUGACAAAGUUUAUAGUUUUAUACGUUUUGUAAUAAAAAACUGAUUUUAUUUUUGUUUCA